AUGCACGCCGUGCCGCAGCCGUUUCGGGCUCGCGAGGACACGGGCGACCGGCCCGAGGCGAGCCCGGUCCAGUCGGGCGGAGCCGCGGCGAUGGUCGCCAUCGCGGCAGUGACGCCAGUGGCUCUGGCAGGAGGCAGCCUGGGCAGCCACGACAAGAUGAUCGCGCAGGUGGCCGCAGUGGGGGUACUGGUGGUGGCCGGGGAGACGCGCGAGCUGCUCCCCUACGCGCAUGUGCUGCUGCAGGAGCUGCUCGGGGAGAACAUGGACAUCAAGCACGACCUGGUGGAGCUGGGCGACCCGGAUCGCGAGCUGGACUGUGGGGCCUGCUACCUCGUGGACGGGAACCACGCGAUACGGGCGGCGUGGUUCGCGGGCAACGGCAAGGAGCAGAGGAGGUCGGCGAAGCUGGCGCUAGCCGUAGGGCUGUUCACGGGCGCGGAUCUGGGCUCCCGCCGUCGCAUGUUGAAGCGCAACCCCCG